UGGUUACCUGUAGAAGGAGCAGGCGUUAUUGUGCUGCUGGUACAAACAGUUUUCACUCAGAGUUCAUAAAGUGUAAAGUAAACUAAUGUCCAGAGGAGCAGAGGACGGUUUACUCUGAGCUCGACAGGUCAGGUCUGAGACAGUCAGUGAAGGCGGACUGUUUGACAAUCAUGGAAGUGUCGUUACAGAGCAGCAGGACGGUCCAACUUUCCCUCUAACUCUUUAAACAAAUGUCCACAAUGGCGUCUGUCCUGGAGGAUCCGACCUUAGAGAGACACUUCAAGGGCCAUAAAGAUGCUGUCACCUGUGCAGACUUCAAUCCAAACCGCAAACAACUGGCCUCGGGAUCAGUUGAUAAGAGCCUGAUGAUCUGGAAUCUGGCUCCAAAGGCGAGGGCUUUCCGCUAUGUCGGCCAUCAGGACGUCAUCACAGGGGCGCAGUUCUCCCCGUCUGGUAACCUGGUGGCCACUUCCUCCAAGGACAGAACAGUCCGACUGUGGACUCCUUCCAUGAAAGGAGAGUCAACAGUGUUCAAAGCUCACACAGCGGCUGUUCGCAGUGUUGCUUUCUCCCACGAUGGACAGAAACUGGUGACGGCGUCUGACGACAAGUCUGUCAAAGUGUGGAGCGUUCAGCGGCAGUGCUUCGUCUUCUCUCUCAACCAGCACACCAACUGGGUGCGCUGUGCCAGGUUUUCUCCAGAUGGACGUUUGAUAGCGUCCUGUGGAGACGACCGCACCGUCCGGCUUUGGGACACGUCCACCAAAAACUGCAUCAACUGUUUCACUGACUAUGGAGAAUCAGCAACGUUUGUUGGUUUUAACUCCAGUGGCACCUGUAUCGCUUCUUCAGGAGCUGACAGUUCACUGAAAAUCUGGGAUCUAAGGACCAACAAGCUGAUUCAGCAUUAUCAAGUCCACAGUGCAGGAAUCAACAGCUUUUCCUUCCACCCAUCCAACAACUACCUGAUCAGCGGCUCCAGUGACGGCACCGUUAAGAUCCUGGACCUGCUGGAGGGACGCCUCAUCUACACCCUCCAUGGACACAAGGGCGCUGUAAUAACAGUAGCCUUCUCCAGGACAGGAGACCUGUUUGCCUCGGGGGGAGCUGAUGGUCAGGUGCUGAUGUGGAGGACAAACUUUGACACCAAAUCCUACAGAGACAUCCUGCAACAACACAGCCGGAGGUCCUCCCCGGACCCACCGCCCCACCUGACUGACAUCCACCCCAGAGGACCCCACCUUCACCACCCGCAGCCCUCAGCCAUUCAGAUCAGUCCCAUCGUGGCAGACACUCAGUCCACUGAUCCACAUGUCAUAGAGUUGGGCCAGUCCGUUCACAGCACCACGCUCUUAAACGGUCGAACACACUCGACACCCACGCGGGCCACCACCAACAGUCACCACUCCAACGGUUUGCCGGCGCGUCACGUGGCCAGUUCAAGAGUGGGAGGAUGGAUGGGAGACGAAAGUACCAGCGGGGCAGGUGUGGGUACUUGGAGCCAGACCAGAGCUGGCGGGGGAGGAAGAGGAAGGAGAGAGGAGGAGGAAGAGGAGAGAGGGCAGACGCAUCCAUUGGAAGUUCUCUCAGGUCAUCCAUCGAGUCUGGACUCGACGCUGCAGCACAUUGUUAAACAGCUGGAUAUUCUAACACAGACUGUUUCAGUGCUGGAGGAGCGUCUCACCCUGACCGAGGACAAGCUGAAGGAGUGUUUCCUCCACCAGUCCCACAUCCUCAAGGACAUCCGAGCGUCAGGAGAGAGGCAGAGGACGGAGAGCGAGGAGACGGACUGAUCACCUGUCCAUUUCACUUGAGGACGACCUCGCCCUCCCUCAGACCGCAGCACAAACACACAGACUGAGUUUAGCCCCGACACUGCCAGACAGGGGUGUGUGUGUGCGUGUGUGUGCGUCUGUGUGUGUGUGUGUGUGUGUGUGUGUGUGUGCGUGCGUGUGCGUGUGCGUGUGCGUCUGUGUACGUGUGUGAGUCUGAGUGUGACUUUAAAUGUCCACCUUGGUGGUCUCUCUCAGGGGUCAGUGGGUUAAUCAGGAUUUGGUCUUUCUGCACCUCUUAAGGAUAUCCAGCUGUACAGCCGAGCACAGUCUGGCUGGGACAUUCCAAUUCUGCAUGUGUGUCUGUGUGUGUGUGUGUGUGUGGUGAUAUGGAUGUUACAUCCAAUCAGGACAGCUGCAGCUAUGAAAACAGACGGUGCUUGUCUGCUGUAUGACCUCUGUGUGUGUGUGUGUGUGUGUGUGUUUACAUGUGUAUAUGUGUGUAUUAGCACAUGUUUUAGCAGCUGGUUGACGUCUUUCAUUGUUGUCUGUUUGCAUUGGUUUUGUAAUUUUAAAACGUGCUCAUUGCCUCAGACUCACAUCAUAUGAAUAUAAUUUAUAUGAAUAAAUGAGUUACU